AUGGGUGAUGAGGACAGCGAUGAGGAUUAUAUGUCUGACAAAUUCCUAAAUCCCCCAGUUAAACCAGUUUGUUCUGGCUUUAUCUCAAAAUCAGUCAAAGGUAGUACCGAAGAGGGACGAACUAAGGUUUCUAAAACCGCUCCAAGAGGGAAACAAAUGGUUGCUAAUCGAGAAGAAGGCUUAAAAAAGCCCAUUGGGGAAGAUAAUAUUGGCUUCAAGAUGCUGAUGAAAAUGGGCUUUAAGGGUGGUGGAGGACUUGGCAAGAAGGCCGAAGGCCGUUCGGAACCAGUUCCUAUUGAAGUAAUUGAAGGUCGGCGGGGUUUAGGCCUUCACAAUAUCGAAAAGAAAGUUGAGCAGUUGCGUCAACAACGAGAACAAUGUUUAUCCUCCUAUCAGUCCGAUUUUCGCGCUACAAUGGCCUCAAGGUUUAGGUUAGAGAGGGCUCAACGUCAGCUGCUUGCUGCUCGUCACAUUUGCAAACGCCUAGACGUAUCUAAAUCUUUAGAAGAGCCCGUUGACAGUGCCUUCUGGCCUCCAGAUGAAAUCCGGGCUAAACUUCUAUCCCAGUCGGAGUUAAUUCGCAGAGAGAUUUGUCGUUCCGAAAGACCUCGGAGAUUUCGGAAUAAACGACCGAAACAUAAUGUGGAUAAUAGUCUUGAACGUGACCGAAGCAGAGAUGGGAGUGAUUUUGAAGAACUUGGUGAUGAACAUCGUGGAGAAUAUGAUAAAGUCCUUGGUAUUGAGUCGGAUGAAGAGGAAUACUGCGAUAUUGAUGCUGCUCAACAUGGUCCUGUCGAAUCUCAGCCGGACGUGAUCCUUUACCGGCUCACUAAUUACCUUCGAGAGAAACACUUCUAUUGCUUUUGGUGCGGUGCAGAAUUCUCCGAUGAAACAGAUCUUCUGACGAAUUGUCCAGGUCCUACUGAAGAUGACCACGGGUGA